AUAUAAGAUUCUUCCAAUCUUGAAGUACUUGUUUAAAUCUAGCUACAAUUUGCUUCUCAUUGUUGAUCAUAUUUUGUGUACAGUAGAGAUGAUGAAGGGAAAAAAUGGAGCUAACUUAAAGUUAAAGAAGAGGAUAUGCAGUGGAAAACUUGGGAGGUUUCUAAAAGAGCAGAGAGGAAGGCUAUACAUUGUGAGAAGAUGUGUAGUUAUGCUACUUUGUUGGCAUGAUUAAUUGCACACCUAUAAUUGUAAAUAGCAAGGAGAAACAAUAAUAUUAAGUUCAUUAGAGCAAUAUAAUUAUAGUUGGUAAAUUGAUCAUCUAGUAUUUGCGUUUCAAAUAUGAAUUUAAUUAUUGUGUACCGAUGCUUUCUUCUUAACUUGAUUUGUU